ACAUCGAAAUUCGACGGAGAAGCCUGGUUGGUGCUUGCCCGUCCAAUGCUGUUGCGAAAUAAACAAACAACAAAAGAGCCUUUUCUCCUCUGUCGCCUUGAAGCCCUAAACGGCUGGCGCAACAUUCUUUCUUCAAUCCUUGACUUGGAUUCGUAAUCCCUCUUGCUUUUCUUCUGCCCAUUUGUUCUUCUUCCACUCCCAGCACCGCGGUUCGGCCGCAUUGGAGCGUCACACUAGCUGCUCCCUGUUCAGGUACCUCAAACCGCACAAGGGAAUCGAUACACCCCUGGCUCCCUUCCCCCCUUGCACCCACAGCGUCAGCUCAGCUGUGAGAAGGACGGGCAUUCUCGGCCGCUGGACGACGCCCAACCCAGGCGCCCACUCCCUUGCUUGCUCCGAAGCUUCGCGACUUUUCGCGACCAUUUCGAUUUAGUGAUCGUAUCCGACUACACAAACCCCAGGCAUUGUAACGAUUUUACUACCUGGUGGUCAAGGUCCAAACGCGUUCUAGAUCACGACAAGGCGCUACACCCCGCGAAGCUGAUAGUUACCCCGAUCCGCAAUCUCUCGCACAAAACCUCGCAACAGACGACCAAGCCACGUCGAGUGGCUCGAAGUCGGUUCGUGGCAGCUUCGACACCGGCAACGUAGCCACAAUCCGCUGCGCCCUCGCCCAUUGUAUAGUUGCAUAACAUGGGGGAUAGGGACCGGGAUUACGAGGAGGGGUCUCCUGACCCGGAGUCCCUCUACACCAAGGAAUACUGCAUUGGUGGAGGAAGCUUUGGAAAGGUCUACAAAGGAGUGGAUAAGCGAACAGGCCAUGCAGUUGCCAUCAAGAUCAUUGACAUCGAGAGCGCCGAAGACGAGGUCGAGGACAUCAUACAAGAGAUUGCGAUUCUGUCAGAGCUCCAGUCACCAUAUGUCACCAAGUAUUAUGGAUCAUACGCAAAGGGGGCCGAGCUGUGGAUCGUCAUGGAGUUCUGCUCCGGCGGAAGCUGCGCUGACCUCAUGAAGCCUGGCUUGAUUGGCGAGGAGUACAUCGCCAUCGUCGUCCGGGAGCUCUUGCUGGGGUUAGACUACCUCCACGCGGACAAGAAACUUCAUCGAGACGUCAAAGCUGCCAAUGUGUUACUUGCGGCCAAUGGACAAGUCAAGCUGGCAGAUUUUGGCGUUUCGGGCCAGUUGAGCGCCACCAUGACCAAGAAGAACACAUUCGUGGGCACACCCUUCUGGAUGGCGCCCGAAGUGAUAAAACAAAGCGGUUACGAUCACAAGGCAGAUAUUUGGUCACUGGGUAUUACAGCCCUUGAGCUGGCCAAUGGAGAACCACCGUAUGCCGAUAUUCAUCCGAUGAAGGUUCUGUUCUUGAUCCCCAAAAACCCACCCCCGCGCCUUGAAGGAAACUUCACCAAGGCUUUCAAGGACUUUAUCGAGCUAUGUCUGCAGCGCGACCCGAAGGACCGGCCCUCCGCCAGAGAGCUGCUGCGGCAUCCGUUCGUCCGACACGCCAAAAAGACGAGCUACCUGACAGAGUUGAUCGAGCGCCACAGCCGCUGGAGCUCUACGCACAAGAGCGAGAACGAUGAGGAGUUAGACAGUCAGUCAGACGAUGAGCAGCAGCGUCAACAGCAGGCCGCCAACCGGGCGGCAGUCAACGAGGACAUGUGGGACUUUGGUACCGUCAGGCUUGUUGGCGAGCGUGGUCACGUCGUUCACCGCCCGGGAUUGCUCAAUCCCUUGGACGAGGCCGCCACCAAUGCGCGGGCAACAAGGUCCCAUGAGACAGAAUUUGAGCAAAAUCGCCAGCGGUAUCGUAGCGAGAGCCCAACCAAAAGGCUGUCGCAACAGCAGUUGGAUAACGACACGGUUAAGUCGAGACAGGUCAGCCCGCAGAGGAGACCAGUUCCGAGCUCUCCAGGGAAAACAACAGUGCAAAAGAUAGAAAGAGAGCCAGAGACACCGAGAGCGGUCUUGAAGCCAGCCCCUAUUAGCUUUGAUAGUGCGCCCUCGCCAGACUACGACAGAGAGCUACAAAAGCAAUUACAGCGCGAGAUGGAUGGGAUGAACAUCGGUGAUAUGAUAGAUCCCGGUCAUAAGGAUAGGACGGGAUUGAUACCAAAGACAGGACCGGCUUCUUCACAAGCUCAGAAGCCGAUUGCCCAUCUAGGCCCAAUCAAGCUGCCAGAGAUACCGCCAUUCCGUGGUAAACACGCAGGGUCCAGUCAGCCGGCAGCACAGCCACAAACACGCCAAUACCAACCACCACAACCAAGGCAAAUGCAACAGCAGGAGCUUCCUCCUCACCCACCGUACCGAGCACGAGACGAUACCCCUGAGCCACCACAGCACCAACAGUUACCCACGCCACGACCCUUACAAACACAAGCACUACAGUACCAACAGCAGCAGCAGCAGCAACCAGGGACACCACAGCACCAAGACUUCCCCUCGCCGGCGCCGGCGCCGCCCAAUGGGGAGAUGGACGCUCUCAACGAUGUCAUCUUCCCAGCGCUUGAGGAGGCACUCAAAAGGCGGCAGAUCCGACUGCAGCAACAAAUCCAAGCGAUGCCACCCGGCGCAGCUUCGCAGUUUGCCGGCGGUGCCCCCGCUCCCACCCCGCGACAGCAGCGGGCAGAGGCAGCGCACGAAAAGAUACGGAAGCUUGUGUACCGGGUCGCGCACAUGUGCAAGGAGAUCGACCACUAUGACAAGUCUGAGCCGGUUCAUAUGGACACGGGUAAGGACGCAGGGGGCACCUUUCUUGAGGGAUUCCUAGAGGAAAUCAUGUUGAGGGUCGAACCUUUUGAUGAAGGUGAGGGUUGAACAAGGUGCAUCAUCUACUUGUAUCUGCUUUUUUCGGGUUUCCUUCGGCGUCGUUGAGACCAGCUUUGACUUGUGUUUGGGUUGCCUAGUCGGACAUGCAGGGCCUCUGGAGUUAUGUGAGAAGCUCAUGGGAAUUUUAUCUUUGGCGGAUGACAGAGCUUGCCUGGUUUCUUUGGUGUCUUAUUCUAGACAAUCGGCAUAUACAGCUUUAUUCGUUGUCUGAUUCACUUUGAGCGUCAAUUAUGAGUGUUGUGUCUUCUAAUUCUAAAUGUUACAAAAGACUCUGCGUUGACUGGUACUGUACCUGUUCCCAGGCGACACCACGAGGAGGUCCAGAGUCAUUGGUCACCCAACAAAGAUGCUUUGUGAGAAGAGGGAAAAGAAACUGCCAAAAGGUGGCAGAAAAGUAACCAAGUCAUCUGGAGAUAUUACAAGAUCAAUCAAACAUGCUCAGGUCGUACCCUUUACAAUGUCCAAUUUGACCUUUGCCGUCCUCUGGGCCGUUUAAACCUGCUUG